AAUUUCGAAAAUCGAAAAAUUAGUCAAGUGUUUUUUUUUUGGUGUGAAAAAUGCUGAAGGUGCCGGCUGUGGUAUUUGUCCUUUUUCUGGGCGCUGUGGCAGCUUCCCAGACGGGAAAUGAUGUUCUGGUGCUGCUGGACAAUCUGGCCAUUAAGGAGACACAUUCGAUCUUCUUCAAAAACCUCAUAGAUCGGGGCUACAAAUUGACCUACAAGCUAGCUGAUGAUAGCAAUCUCGUGAUUGCCAAGUAUGGAGAGUAUCUGUACAAGCACAUUGUCAUCUUUGCGCCUUCAGUUGAGGAAUUCGGCGGGGAUUUGAGUGUACCGAAACUUGCGGAAUUUAUUGAUGAUGGAGGCAAUGUUCUCAUUGCUGGAGGCUCAGAUUCCGGGGAUGCCAUCCGUGAACUAGCCUCAGAAUGUGGCUUUGAGCUUGAUGAAGAGGGAGCAUCAGUUAUAGAUCACUUGAACUACGAUUUGGCCGAUCCUGGCGAGCAUACGCUGAUUGUUGCAUCUCCUGACAAUCUCAUUGAUGCUCCGGUGAUUGUGGGCCCCAAAACCGGGCCUCCACUUCUCUACAAAGGCACUGGAUUGAUUGCCGAUCGCGAGAAUCCGCUGAUCCUGCAACUUCUGACUGCAGACAGCACAGCUUACAGCUACAAUCCCAGCAGCCCUAUCAAGGAGUACCCCCAUGCCAUUGGCAAAGGAACCCUCCUGAUUGCAGCCCUCCAAGCUCGGAACAAUGCCCGUGUCGUCUUCUCCGGAUCUCUCUACUUCUUCUCCGACGAGGCUUUCUCUGCUUCCGUCCAGAAGGCAAUUGGCGGAAAGCACAGUCCCAAAUCCGGCAACCAGGACGUCGGUAUCACAAUCAGCAAAUGGGUCUUUGGGGAAACUGGACGUCUCCGGGUGGUCUCAGUGGCUCAUGCAAGAGAUGGAGAAAAGGAACCUCCAGCUUCCUACACAAUCCUCGAGCCAGUUGUCUACACCAUUCGCCUGGAGAGGAGCAAUAAUGGUGCCUGGGAACCUUUUGUUGCCAGUGAUGUUCAGCUCGAGUUUGUUCGUAUUGAUCCAUUUGUCCGGACGACGUUGAAACAAGUAAAACCGGGAGAGUAUCAAGCCAAAUUCAAGAUUCCCGAUGUCUACGGGGUUUAUCAGUUCAAAGUGGACUACAACAGAGUAGGAUACACUCAUCUCUACAGCACCACACAAGUUUCCGUUCGUCCUCUGCAACACACAGAGUACGAGAGAUUCAUUCCUAGCGCCUAUCCUUACUACAUCAGUUCAUUCUCCAUGAUGGUCGGAGUAUGGCUAUUUGCCCUGGUUUUCCUCCACUACAGAGAGGAGACCCCUACCAAGAAAGCAGAUGAUAAGAAAACCAACUAGAAAUCUUAUAAAUCUCGAGAAUUUCCAGUCAAAAUAAAGUUUUUUUCUAGACAAA